CCGUCCCCCGGGCCCGCCCACAGCCCCGCAGACGGAUCCAGGGACCGACCCGGGGACGGACCGACAGCCGGGAGGGUCUCUCGGCCUCUGGAUUUGGGGGGGGCUUCGGGCUCGGCCCCCUUCUCCUGCAAACCUCGGACAGACAGGGAGCAUGGCCAACGCGGGGCUGCAGCUGCUGGGCUUCAUCCUGGCCUUCGUCGGCUGGAUCGGCACCAUCGUCAGCACCGCCCUGCCCCAGUGGAAAAUCUACUCUUACGCCGGGGACAACAUCGUGACCGCCCAGGCCAUCUACGAGGGGCUGUGGAUGUCCUGCGUCUCGCAGAGCACCGGCCAGAUCCAGUGCAAGGUGUUCGACUCCUUGCUGAACCUCAGCAGCACUUUGCAGGCCACCCGUGCCCUGAUGGUGAUUGGAAUCCUCUUGGGACUGAUUGCAAUACUAGUUGCUUCGAUUGGCAUGAAAUGCAUGAAGUGUAUGGAAGAUGAUGAAAUGCAAAAGAUGAGGAUGGCUGUCUUUGGUGGAGUGAUAUUUCUUGUUGCAGGUCUUGCUGUUUUGGUGGCCACUGCUUGGUAUGGAAAUAGAGUUGCCAGAGAAUUCUAUGACCAGCUAACUCCCAUCAAUGCCAGGUAUGAAUUUGGACAGGCUCUCUUCAUCGGCUGGGCUGCAGCUGCACUCUGUCUUCUGGGAGGUGGUCUCCUCUCUUGCUCCUGCCCACGAAAAUCAUCCUCUUACCCUACUCCUCGUCCCUACCCCAAGCCUGCACCCUCUUCUGGAAAGGACUACGUGUAACCCAGAAGAAAGUGGAGAAUGACACAUUGGAAAGGGUAUAAAGAGGACAGUGAAAUGACAUUAUCGCAAUUGGUUGGCACUCAAAUCUUUUUGACUACUAUAAUCAAAAAUUUUGUAUUAAAAAUGUAUUUUUUGUAAUCCUU